UUCUGUCUCUUCCUCAUCAAUCUAAAUCUAUUCUAUUAUUAUUCUUCUUCUUCCUCUUCCACCGCCACAGAUACCCUUUUCUGCUUCUUUCUUUCCUUUUUUACCUCUUUCUAUUUAUACUUGGUGGUUUCUCGUCCCUGCGAAACUUUUCGAAUCUCGGCAUCGGGCGGUAACUAUGUCUCGCCCGUCGGCGGAAUCUUCGCCGACAACAGAGGAAGGAGGGCCCCCGCUUUCGGCGCACGAUCAGGGGCAUCGUUCCACGCCGACGCCGUUCCUGACGAAGACGUACCAGCUCGUGGACGAACCUUCGAUCGACGACGUCAUCUCAUGGAACAUGGACGGCACCACCUUCAUAGUCUGGCGCCCGGCAGAGUUUGCCAGCGAGGUCCUCCCUAAGUACUUCAAGCACAACAACUUCUCCAGCUUCGUCCGCCAGCUCAAUACCUAUGGAUUCCGGAAGAUCGUGCCGGACAGGUGGGAAUUCGCUAAUGACUUCUUCCGGCGCGGCGAGAAGCGGUUGCUCUGCGAAAUUCACCGCCGGAAGAUCUCCUCUGUCCCGUCCUCGACGGCGGCUCCGCCCGCCUCCCAGGCGAUCCCCGGCGAGUCGCCCGUUAAUUCUGGGGAGGAGCGGGUCAUCACGACGAUCCCUUUAACCGCCGGCGCGCAACCAGCGGAGGAAAGCAGGGGCGCGACGACGGAGCUCGUGGAGGAGAAUGACCGGCUUCGGCGCGAGAACACGAGCCUCUGCCGAGAACUCAGCCAGAUGAAGAACUUGUGCAACAACAUCCUCAAUCUCAUGUCCAAGUACGCACCCAGCUGCCGGCAUAACGUCGCCGCCAACAUAGGCGGCGGACCAACCACGACGGCUUCGCCGCCAGACCUGGCGAUGUCGUCGCCGAUGGAACAGGACGAUAGCGAUGAAGAGGAGACGGCAGCGCCGCCGCCGCCGCCGCCGGGGAAAAAGGUCUGCUCGACGACCACGAGGCUCUUCGGCGUCUCGAUCGGUUUCAAGCGGAACCGAGUAGAGAGCGGCGCGAGCUCGAAAUCAGAGGCGGAGGUGAAGCGAGAGCCGAUGGAUUUGGACGGAGGCAGGGAGAGUUAACGGGAAACGACGGUCUGCCGUCACUGUGUAACGGUUGGUAGAUGGCUAGGUAGAGUUGAUCGCGUCCAUUUCUUUUUUCGUUUUUUUGGUCUCGUGAAUAAGGAAGGAAGGUGGUUGCUACUGUAAGCAUAUAGUCAACUUUCGCGUGUGAAAGCAGCGCAAGAAUUUUGGCCGCCCGCGUUGAAGGAGAGCAUAUGCAUGCAAUUUGCGUUGGGAAUUAUUAAUUUAUUGUUUCUUUUGUUGUGUAUGGAUUUUGAUAGAGGGAACCAAAGUCGUAUUGAAUCAAUGUAAGCUUAUAGUAUGGAAAUGGUCAAACAUUUACCGAUAAAUGCAGAAUAAAUAUCAUUUGUGGCACUA